AUGGCGACAGCCACAGCUACAGACAAAGCAGAGGCGGGCCACGCCGAAAGACGCCUGGGCUCUGAAACUCCAGAUUUCGAUGAGAAGGUCGGUCUUCGUACUGUGGACGCUGGCCUCGACGCGACUCAGGUCAUCUACGAAGUAGACCCAGCGGAAGAGCGAAAGAUCCUGCGCAAGAUCGACUAUCGUCUGAUUCCGUUGCUCAGUAUAUUGUAUUUGCUUGCAUACAUCGAUCGCUCCAACUUAGGAAACGCGAAGAUCGCUGGUAUGGAACAGGAUCUGAACCUCAUCAAGUUUCGUUACAACACGGCACUUACUGUGUUCUUUCCAACGUACGCCCUACUCGAAGUACCCAGCAACAUCGUGCUGAAGAUGCUGCGGCCAUCAAUUUGGCUGUCAAUCUUGUGCUUCUCUUGGGGUCUUGUUAUGACACUCAUGGGCCUGGUGACCACCUACCAAGGUCUCUACAUCGCACGCGUCUUCCUCGGUGUCGCUGAGGCUGGAUUCUUUCCUGCGGCCACCUACCUCCUCACCAUCUGGUACCGCAGAUACGAGGUCCAAAAGCGUAUGGCCAUCUUCUACGCUGCAGCCUCCUUAUCAGGAGCAUUCUCAGGCUUGCUCGCAUUCGCCAUUGAGAAGAUGGAUGGUGUCAGUGGCCUCGCUGGCUGGAAAUGGAUCUUCAUCCUGGAGGGCCUUGCGCCGAUUGCAGUCAGCUUCACUCUGUACUUCUUACUCCCUGAUAGGCCCGAGACCGCAAAGUUCCUCACCAAGCAGGAGAGAGAAUUUGUUGUGAAUCGCCUUGCGCUGUACACCGGAUCCGGAAUGGGCCGGACAACCAAUGCAGACAAGAUCUCGGUGGCCCAGAUUCUGAAAGCACUCAAGACUUGGUGGAUUUGGGCAGCCGUGAUACCAUUCUGGGGUUGCUCAAUCGGUACAUAUGGUUUCACAGCAACUGUUCCUACCAUCGUGAAGCGAAUGGGUUACACUUCCUCAAAUGCCCAGCUGAUGACCAUCCCAAUCUAUGUUUUCGGAAUGCUCGCGACAGUGAUCGUGGCAUACCUUUCGGACAAGUACCAGCAAAGAACACCAUUCAUCAUGGGCGGCUUCACCUUGGCCGUCCUCGGCUUCAUCGCUCUGUUGGCCAUACCUCACCCUCACUACUCAGGGGUGACUUAUUUCUUCCUAUUCUUCGUUGCCGCAGGAUUGUACUGUCCAUUUGUGUGCAUCGUCACGUUGGUGGGCAACAAUUUGGCACCGUCCGGUCGACGCGCUGUGGGAAUGGCUCUUCUGAUCUCAAUGGGCAACCUGGGCGGUAUUGCGGGCAGCAAUAUCUUCUUCACGGCCGAUGCACCAAAGUAUCCCGUCGGAUUUGGAUUCUGUCUUGCCAUCGACGGUGCCGGCAUUAUCAUGGCCUGGGUUCUCCGGAAAUAUUUUCAGCGAGAGAACAGGAAGCGCGACGAGUUGCUUGACCGAGAAGGCGAGGCAGGAAUCAGGGCAAAGUACACGGAUCAAGAGCUCGUUGACAUGGGAGACAAGAGUCCGUUCUUCCGCUACACGUUGUAG